UUUUUAUUUUGGUAAAAUUGCCCAAGCACAGAUAAAGCUUGAAGUUUCUAUAUAGAUAACGGAACAAAAACAGCAGCUGCUAACAAGCUUUUUUCUUUUGUGUAGAUAUAAUAUGUCGAGAUCAGAUUUAAAGCAAACGUGUCCUGAAAGGGGGGACAAGUCACCUACAAGUAUCGACCAGGAUUUUUGCGAUGAGGCAACAGGAGAAUUGCUUCUGACACAAAAUAAUGGAAAACAACAAGCAUGGAAAUCGAAUAAAAAGCAUUCAAAGUGCUACGAGUUUUUGUCUCGAAAUGGACUGAUUAUCAGUGUGUUGGCCGGGGUGGUAGUUGGAAUAGUCUUUGGGUUGAGUCUUAGAGUGGUGGAACCUUCAGAUGACGCCAUCACUUGGAUCGGUUUACCGGGAGAAAUUUAUAUGCGAUUACUGAAAAUGGCUAUUCUUCCUUUAGUAGUGUCAACUAUUAUCACAGGAACAGCCUCCAUGGAUCCGAGGUCCAACGGUCGGAUAAGCGCUCUAUCCUUUGGUUAUAUCGUAAUCACGAACACAAUAGGUGCUGUCAUCGCCAUAGUAGUCUUCUUGGUUAUUCGACCAGGUCAGGAUAUACAAGUUUCCGACACUGAGUACAGCGAUCUUGUUCAGACAGACAUACAGACCAGCGACAUGUUUGCUGAUAUGAUCAGGAAUUUAUUUCCAGAUAACAUAGUUACUGCAUGUUUCCAAAAGACUCAGACAAAAUACACCCGAACCACUCAAGUCAUCAUGGUGAACGGUACCAACAGUUCUAUCCCGGUUAUCCAUAAAUAUGUUUCCUCUACUGGUGGAUUAAACAUACUAGGGCUUAUCAUUGUUUGCACACUGUUUGGUAUUACCGCUGGCAAGCUAGGGAGACGCGCAGAACCUUUCACUGAGUUCUUUGACACUGUAUCUAUCAUGAUCAUUCAUCUCUUAAACUGGAUCAUUUGGUCAACUCCGGUUGGAGUUGCAAGUCUCAUUGCUAAAGCGUUGCUGAGUGCGAAAGACAUUGAUAAUAUCUUCAGAAGUCUGGGUAUGUUUGUGCUUGCUCAUUCCAUUGGGAUCGUUUUACAUCAACUGGUCCUCAUUCCCAUCGCUUAUUACAUAGCAACAAGGAAGAACCCUCUUGUCUUCCUCAGCACGUGCCUCCGACCCUGGUUAACAGUUUUUGGACCACCAAGCACGGCAAUCGGUAUCCCGGAAAUGCUUAAAACCCUUCAUGAAAAACUACAUGUGGACACCAGAAUUUCCAAUUUUCUUGUACCUGUUGGGGCUACCCUGGAACGUUUAGGGAGCUGUAUAUUCAUCUGUCUAUCGGCAAUGUUUCUGGUUCAGCUGGAAGGAAUAUCACUGGAUGCAUCUAGAAUAUUUUUCAUUGGUUUAUUGUCAACCUUGGGUUCCCUGGCAGUUCCCGCCGUCCCCAGUUCCAGUAUCGUUUCCAUUCUAGUGGUUUUGUCUUCACUGGACGUUCAAGUUCACAAUAUAGGUCUACUGAUGGCUUUGGAAUGGUACAAUGACCGUAUUCGGACUACCAGCAACACAAUGACGAUCAUCGUUGGGGGUGUUAUAAUUGACAGACUCUGCAAAUCUAGUCUGAGAUCGACCGCGUUUCAUAGCUCGAAGGACAAAUGUACCCGGGAAUCAGAGGCCCAGGUGAAAGUUGAGAAUGAAAAAAUGUCCACAAAGUUUUGAAAACAAAGCUCGUGUUUUAUAAAAAGAACCAGAGUGAAAAUGAUUGAAAAUGAAAUAUACUAUUUAUUAGAUUGGUCCAUUUUCUAAUCUGUUUUGUACUGGUAGAUUUGAAAGCCUUUAACCUUGCUCAUCUUCUUGAAAUUACGUUUUAUGACAUAUGGUUUCGAUAAGAACAAAUAUUUCAUAUCAGUCGGGAUCUGAAUCGUUACUGUGUAUGUUUUAUAUUGCUUAACCAGAUAUCCCUGAUUAGAGUCAAAUCAUUAUCAAUCAUUUUACAAUCACAAAAAAUGAUAAUAUAUUUGUGGGAUAAGUAAGUGAUUUCUUAUACGAUUAGAAAGUGAAUAGUUGUAGGAUAAGUGAGUGAUUACUUGUGGGAUAAGUGAGUGAUUACUUGUAGGGUAAAUAAGUGAUUUCUUAUUAGAUUAGUAAGCGAUUGUGGGAUAUUUGAAUGAUUAUUUGUGGUAUAAGAGAGUGGUUAUUUGUUAAAUAAGUACUUCUAAGCGAUUACCCGUAGGUUAAGUGAGUGAUUACAUUUUGGAUAAGUGAGCGAUUAUGUGUUUGAUAAGUGAAUGAUUACAUGUUGGAUAAGUGAAUGAUUACAUGUUGGAUAAGUGAGCGAUUAUGUGUUUGAUAAGUGAAUGAUUACAUGUUGGAUAAGUGAGCGAUUAUGUGUUUGAUAAGUGAAUGAUUACAUGUUGGAUAAGUGAGCGAUUAUGUGUUUGAUAAGUGAAUGAUUACAUGUUGAAUAAGUGAAUGAUUACAUGUUGGAUAAGUGAGCGAUUAUGUGUUUGAUAAGUGAAUGAUUACAUGUUGAAUAAGUGAAUGAUUACAUGUUGGAAAAGUGCGUUGUUGCUUCUUGGAUAUGUGAGCGAUUGCUCAUACUCGUAUAAUUAUAGUUUUGAAAGCUGUAUUUGAAAUACAUAUACUUAAAUGUAUCCCAUACAUACAAUAUGUCACUUGGAUACCUUAACACCUUGCACUGGUUUGAUGAUUAUAAAUAUUUGCUUUUCGUCUCCAAUAAGUGUGAUAAUUUUGAUGUUGAUUAGACUUGAAUUACGUAGUUAUUGCAUGUACAACAUGUCUGUGUAUGUCUGUAAUACUUUCUAUUUAUUUCGGACGGCAUUUAAGAUCGUAUAAAGUCAAUAUUUUGAUGUUUCACAUGUUUACCUUUCACUGUUACGUGUAAUUCAGUACACCCGCCAUUUUGUCAGUCUUCUCGAACGUUAUUUGUUUUGGGUUGUUGUUUUUUUUUUUUUUUGUGGAAUUUCAUUGCGUAUGAAGCGUAAUGCUGACUUAUCACAUUGAGCGUUUAUUUUUAGUAUUCUAUUGGUUUGACAGCCUUAUAUAAAUCGUGAUACUGGAGAGAUUGGUUCUUAUGUUGCUGGGGUCGGUCUUUUGCAUUUAUGAAGAACUGUGUGUUCGUUUCUAUUCAUUUACGUAGAGUAGUGUCAACAUGCAGUGAGUAAAACAAACACAUAGAGUUAGGGAACGGUUUUUAGGAAAUAUAUUUUUCUUCACAAAAUGUAGAUAUCCUAUCAGAGUUGAGAUUUACUUCGGUUCAGAGUAGAAUUGAAUAUCCCUUACCUGAACAUUUUUCAUAGUUAGUAGUUAUAUAUUUAGACAAACUCAACAUUCUACAUGUAAGGUGAAGAUAACGAACAGUGAUCAAUCUCAUAACUCCCACAAGCAAUACAAAAUAGAUAGUUGGGCAAACACGGACCCCCGGACACACCAGAGGUGGGAUCAGGUGCCUAGGAGGAGUAAGCAUCCCCUGUUGACCGGUCACACCCGCCGUGAGCCCUAUAUUCCUGAUCAGGUAAACGGAGUUAUCCACAGUCAAAAUACUUUAUUUAAAACUGCAUUACUUUGAGGUGUGUGUAGGGGUGGGUGGGGCGCUGGUGUAGUACAUUGUAUGUUUUCGACAGUAUAUAGAAGCUCGUUAGUGUCCUAACUUUAGACUUGUCUUAUUACGGGACAUAUUUUUCGUAAUUCUGGUCUUUUAUUUUGGGUAAAUCUUACAUUCCUCCCUGGUUAUAUUCAUUCAUUUUUCAUGGGGAAACUUAUUAUUUGUUAUCAACUAUUCUUAAACCAUAUGUAUCUAUGUUAUAAUAAAUUCAUAAACUUUA